AUGGCCGGGGUCAGCGAUACAGAACUUUCUGCAUACGUCGAACUACAUGAUUGCUGUAUCCAAGACCAGGAAGUCACCGUUGUGACCAAGGGCAACGAACUACUUCGCUCAUCCAAAUCUGCCACGCACGUGCACGAUGUUAGUCCUGCAGAUGAUUCUCAGAAAAUUGCCAAGGACGCGUUUGGAGUACUUCAGGCAUUCGAGGACAUCAGCGGUGAAAUUGGAGUAACAAACGAUGCCGCCGUCAAGAAGCAGUGGGAUGACAACUACAAGAAAUACCGAACCAUGCUGGAAAAUACAGUAAAGCUCGCUGAACAGGGAUCGAAAUACAUUCAAAGCUUUUACGACAAAGUGAUAGCAAACCUAAGUAAUAACGGUUCGGACUGGCAGAACGACAAGAAGCUAAUUGCGGAUUUUAUCAAGAACGACAAGGAGGGAGAAAAGUUUAUCGAACAAAUAACCAACGCUUCGCAGGAGUUCACUAACCUCAAAUACAGCACUCAGGCAUUUCAUCAGACUUAUGCCGACAAUGCCAAUAAGAAAGGCCAAGCUUAUAACGCAAAGCUGAAGGAAAUGGAUGACAAUAGGAGAAACAUUCAAUCACAGAUCGAUAGCAACCGUGCCUCAUCUUCUCAACUCCGGAGCUCUAUGAGACGAACGGCGGGACCCGGGUUUUUCUUUGGGUGGCUUGUCAGGACCGUUUUGUCGCUUCUCGGAGUCAAUGCGUUCAAUCAAGCCAACAGUAGAGUAGCCGAACUUGAGCGUGAAGAACAAGAGCUCGUCAAGAAAAGGGCCGCCAUCGACAAUCAGGCCGACAGUCUUGCUAAACAAGAAUCUGCACUUAUUAAGACCCGCCACGCCGUUUCGGUGGUGGCUGAUAAUGUAUCAGAUAUAUCUGGAAGGCUCACUGGACUUGCAGAGACUUGGUCUGGGAUCCGUUUCAGCUUUGUGAAGCUGGGUAUCAUGCUAGAGAACGUCGGCUAUUCAACAAGCCAAGAGACCUUCAUGGCACGCAUCCAAAUGAUCAAGGAAUCUACUUCGUCCCUGAAGGACAACUUCCAGUCGUAUAUCAACGGUGUAGCUCCAGGCGGUGUUAUCCCACAACCGGUCAAGAAAAAGCCCCCUACAUACGAUAUAUCUCGUAUGUACGGUAACUCGGACGGAGGGGGCGGCGUUCAAGCAUUCAACGAUGCGCAACCCGAUAUCGACCCUGCUAUGCCAAUCGCCGAGAUUAGGAUUGCUUCAGGUUGGGUGGUUGACGCGAUUCAUGUUACAUAUAGGUUGAAGAAUGGGGGGACUAGGACCAUUAGACAUGGCUCGAAUGUAGCAGGUACUCAAAUACCGUUGAAAAAGACCGAAUACAUAAGCGCGGCCUGGGGUAAAUCUGGACGAGCUGAUAAUGGCGAACCUUGGUAUGGAGAUUGCAUCCAUCAACUGACUUUGGAGAUCACCGAUGCCGCGACUGGUGCCAAGCGCAAUACUGCUACGUUUGGGCUAGCCUUCAAGCUGUCGCCAGCAGCGACGACUAACAUCAGCUGGAGGGGCCGUUUACUAGGCAUUGCAGGGACUGCAAACAAUAAUGCUCCCCAAGUUGGACUUCGUGGCAUUAAAUUUGUCCAGCUGAAGCCGUAG